AUGAGCCAGUCUGACCUUCUUCACCUUAUCAACUCUCUGGCCAACUAUCCAGCACUGGAGACCGUUGACGAGCCCACGCGAAAGCAGCUCCUCGAGAGCAUUGAGAAACUACGACGCAAAGUCGAGACUCCGACCGACUUCACAAUUCGAACUGUCUUCGGGAGCCACCAAGCAAUGGUACUACGACUGGCUGUGGAUCUGGGACUUUUCGAUGCCAUCGCUCAACAAGGCGGCACGGCCACCACAGCCCAGCUAGCUGAAGCCACUGGAGGCGACGAGCUUCUCGUCUCCCGCAUCAUGCGCUUCCUUGCCGUCAUCAACAUCUUCGAAGAACUCGCCCCAUCAACCUACAGAACCACACCUCUGGCUGCAGCAUACACCUCGCAAUCUCCUCUCUCUGCCAUCGUGAUCCACGCAACAUACACCCUAGUCACAAUGUCCCAACUCCCGGCCUACUUCGCCGAAGCCGGCUGGAAAAGCCCGGACGACGCCACGAACGGGCCCUUCCAACACACGCACCGCACCACUCAGACCUUCUUCGAGCACCUCGGCACCAACCCGCACCUCCAGCAGGCCUUCAACGCAGUCAUGUCCCUGGACUUCCGGCGCAGCAGCUCGGCCAAGCAAUGGUUCGAGCUGUAUCCGAUCGAAUCGAAACUCUUCCCUGCGACCACCACCACCACCACCACCACCGCAGACGAAGACGAAGAACCAAACCGCGCAACCCUAGUCGACGUCGGCGGCUCCCAGGGCAAAGACCUCCUAGCUUUGUGUCGGCAUCUCUCCAUCCCACCACCACCACCACCGGCAUCAACAACCGACCCUUCUCUCCAAACCCAAACCCAACCCCAACCCCCCACGCAUCCCCAACCAAAACUGAUCCUCCAAGACCUCCCCGCUGUCAUCGCCUCCAUCCCCACCUCCAUAUCCACCACAUUCCCGGGGUGCAUCACCCUGCAGCCGCACAACUUCUUCGAUGAGCAGCCGACCCGCCGCGCGCGGGCGUACUUCCUGCGCACGGUCCUGCACGACUGGCCCGAUCGGCAGGCGCUGCAGAUCCUGGGGCGGCUGCGCGACGCGAUGGCGGAGGACUCGGUGCUGCUCGUCAAUGAGGGGGUGGUGCCCGAGACGCGCGCGGGGUUGAUGGCCGUGCAGACGGAUUUUAUUAUGCUGUGUAACUACGGGGCGUUGGAGCGGACGAGGGCGCAGUGGGUGGAUCUGUUGGAGAGGGGUGGGUUUGAGGUCUGUGGGGUUUAUGGGGAGGACGAACAGCAACGGCAGCAGGGGGGGCAUGUGGUGUUUGAGGCGAGGGUGAGGCGAGCUUCUUCGUGA